CCCACCCUCUCUCUUCACCCCUCCCUCUGCCUCUCCCCUCAGCCGCGUCGAGGGAAGGCAGGAAGUUUGCUGGGGAGGAGCCGCCUUCCUCGCCGUCUCCCGGCCUGGGAGGGGCCCAGGCGAGGCAGGCAGGCAGGCAAGCAGGCCGCAACCGCCCUGUUGGAGCUGGACAGCGAUUCCUCCCUUUCCCCCCGGCAGCCAGUGAGUGAGUGGGUGACUGACUGACUGACUGACUGAGCGCAGGAAUAGUUAUGGCAAUGCAAGUCCUGGGACAGUCUGGUGGCAGCAGCCUGUUUUCUGGCAAUACUAACCUCAACAUGACUUUGUCAAACGACAUGUAUGACUUUUCUGAACUUUCCAAAGCUGAGCUGGCAGCUCCUCAGCUCAUUAUGUUGGCAAAUGUAGCCUUAACAGGAGAAGUUAGUGGCAACUGCUGCGAAUACAUGGUUGAUGAAGAGAGGCAAAUGGCUGAACUGACAACUGUAGGCAAUGCCAAUUUUUCAGAUAGUGAUGGAGAAGGAGCAGAGGAUGCACAUGCCGCGGAGCGUGAUCAUGAAGACCUGGGUGAUAUAGAAGUGAGAACUCUUGGAUCACCGGAUGUUCGUAGCCUUGAAACUGAAGAAGCAACUGAGUCUUCUCGUUCUCUUAAGUGUAGCCUAGAUAAGGAUUUUCCAAUGGCAGGGUCCCCUGAAGACUUCCAAUUGUCAGGUGACCCAGAUGAUUUCCAGUUAUCAGAUGCUCCUCAAGGUUUUCGGUUGUCAGGUGACCCAGAAGAUUUUGAUUUUUCAGAGAUCCCAGAGGGCUUCCAGUUGUCAAAUUCCUCAGAGAGUGUAGAUGAUAGAGGUAAAAGCUUGAAGAACAAACCGUUUCGUUGUAAGCCCUGUCAGUAUGAGGCAGAAUCAGAGCAAGAGUUUGUCCAUCACAUUCGGGUGCACAGUGCUAAGAGAUUCAUAGUAGAAGAAAAAGCUGAGAAGCAUGGCGAAGUUGACUCCAGCAGCACUACAGAUGAAGUUGAUUUCUCCAAGGGGCCUAUAAGGUGUGAUCGCUGUGGCUACAACACUAAUAGAUAUGAUCACUAUCUGGCUCACUUGAAGCAUCACAAUAAAGCUGGAGAAAAUGAAAAGGUCUACAAAUGUACAAUUUGCACAUACACAACAAUAAGUGAAUACCAUUGGAAGAAGCACCUAAGGAACCAUUUUCCACGAAAAGUGUACACAUGUUUACAGUGCUCCUACUUCUCGGAUCGGAAGAAUAACUAUGUUCAACAUAUUCGAACUCAUACAGGAGAACGCCCCUAUCGGUGUACUAUGUGUCCUUAUUCAAGUUCUCAGAAGACUCACUUAACCAGGCAUAUGCGGACUCACUCAGGUGAGAAACCAUUUAAAUGUGAACAGUGCAGCUAUGUGGCGUCAAACCAGCAUGAAGUGACCCGACAUGCAAGGCAGGUCCAUGAUGGUCCGAAGCCACUGGUCUGUCCUCACUGUGAAUACAAAACAGCUGAUCGAAGCAACUUCAAGAAACACGUUGAGCUCCAUGUCAGCCCACGACAGUUCCUUUGUCCAGUUUGUGAGUAUGCUGCAUCCAAGAAAUGCAACUUGCAGUACCACAUCAAAUCCAGGCAUCCUGACUGUUGUGAUAUCACAAUGGAUGUCUCAAAAGUAAGGCUACGGACUAAAAAGAAUGAAGUGAACAUUUCAGAAAAUGUGGAACAUAAAGUGGAAGAAGACCAAGCAAAGAAAGAGCUGGCUGAAAAGAAAAAUGAGAGAGCUACAAAAGAGGAGAAAAAGGAAAGUCUGUCAAAAGAAGAGAAAAAGGAAAACAUGUCAAAAGAAGAAAAGAAAUUCAACCAACCGAAAAAUGAAAAGAGAGAGAACUUACCAAAAGAAAAGAAACUUGUUUUAGAGAAAGUGACAACCCGAAGUCGCAAAACUCUUUCCAAAAAUAAGGAUGAAGACAUGAAAACUGAGAAAAUGGCGGAGAAAACUGGUAAAACGAAGAAACUGAAAAGAACAGCUGAGAAUAACUCUCUUCCAGAAGACAUUGUUACAGACGUUGAUGAUAUAAUUGCAAAAAAGAAAAAGAAAACAGAGAAAUCUCAGAAAUGUCAGGAGUCUCAAAACAAUGACAAUAAGUUGGAGGAUGCAAAAAAAGAAGAGUCUUGUCUUAAGAAGAACAAAAGAAAGAAAGAGCUGAAGAAUAAGUCUGUUAAUAAUAACAGCAAGCCUGCUUGUGAGAAUAUUGUAGGUGAGGACGCCCUCCCUAUAGAGCCUCUAGAGGAAGAAAGAAAGAAAUCUAAUGAUUCCUGCAAUAGGCAGCAACCCGUUAUUCCUUCAGAUGUUGGGGAAAACAUGCAAGAUUUAGAGUCACCAUCUGUACAAUCUGUGGACAAAAAUGUAGAGGUGGAAAUGGAAGACCAAGAAAUGACCAUGGCAGAAGAAGACACUUCACAAACUGCUUCUGAGAAUGAAAUUGGAAUAGAACUGACAGUCACCCCUAGGAUUAGUGCUCUAAAUUUGAAUGCUACCUUGGAAAAAGAGACAGCUAUGUUGGAGGAUACAUUAUUAAAUGUUGCCAAAAAUAUUCAGACAACACAAAUGUGUGAAAUGGAAGUGGUGACUAAUCCAGCUGUGGUACAAGAGACUCAGCCAAUGGAAACAGAUGAGGGAGAAACUGUGAGUAGCCCACAUCCAGAACAUGAUAGUUCCACAGAAGAAUUGCAGGCUGAAGACCCAGCAGGAGGAGCGUCAACCUCGCAGUUGCCAGAAAAAAAUCAGCAAAGCACUAAAACAGGCCUAGUUUCUGCAGCACCAGGAGGCACUGUAGUAAAUGAAAGUCAGGAAAUGGAAGAGGAUGAAGGCAUCCACAGUCAUGAUGGCAGCGAUAUAAGUGACAACAUCUCAGAAGGCAGCGAUGAUUCUGGGUUAAAUGGUGCCCGGACAGCCCAGGAGAAAACAAGUCAGAAGGCACCUGAAGAACAUGCUGAAGUCAAGGUCACCAAGGAGAACUAUGUGUGUAUAUUCUGUGAUCGCUCAUUUAAAAAAGAAAGUGAAUAUAGUAAACACCUGAACCGCCAUUUGGUAAAUGUAUACUACCUUGAAAAGGCAACAAAGGGGCAAGGUUAACCAAAUGGUGGCAUAAUGACAAUUUAUUCUUCCUCUGUAAAAUCAUAUAGAGCUUAGGUACAGUUCUUGUAGAAUCUUUGCUUAAGCUCAGUUUGCUUAUACUUUUUAAGUUGUUGUUUCUUUUCCUUUGAUGAAACGUUUCUCUAAUUAACUACUUGUACCUCUUUGAUUAGAGAGGGCAAGUGGGUAUGUAAGUCUGUGGCUUGCUAAAUUGGCUUGAGUCCCUGGGAUAGAGCCCUGGAAUCACUUCUAUAUUUCUGUUGGUUUACAACAGAGCUGUACACAAGUUAGAUUGUUUAAGCGCAGUAGCCUUAGGAUGCUGUCUGCUGAGUGUCUUCCGCAUAAGCUCUGUAGAAAUGGAUUAUGCAAAAGCGCUAUUGUGCUCUCAUAGGACUUGUGCAGAAGACAAUUGAUGGGGCCCACAGUAGGGGCCUGCCCACUUUUUAUGCUCCCAAGGAGAUGUUCCAGUCUGGAAUAAGCGUCAGCCUGAAAUGGGUGUCAGAUAUAUGGGUGCCCCUGUCUUCCCCUCCAGGAGUUAUUCGCAUGUGAUAUCUUCUGAUUCCAUAGGUUAGACUCCUUUCCUUUGACCUUGUUUCUUAUACACACUUGCCACAGAAUCAGACUACUUUACUGUGAUGUGAUUACAUGCAUGCCAUUGCAGGAGGUGUAUCAUAUGGACAGGAGAACUAGGGGUAACUGCCAGCUCUGCGAGAUUUGGUUCUGCCCAUAUGAUUCUGUUAUUCAGAAUAUAUAUCUGUGUGUGGACAGGAUCUUUCUAAGGGUGAUGGCGUGUCUGAUAAACAGCACAUAACCUCCUCCUUGAAGGGGAUAGUCGUAAAACGGGAUGAAGCCCUGAAACUCUUAUCUGGUAGAUAUUUCCCUGGGAUGUGCCAAGUACACAGGCUAUCCAUGCUUGUGGAGAAAAGUAUUAUAUACAUGGCAUCUUAAAAGCAGGGAUGAUGCUACCAUGCAUCCAGAUGACUGUCUUUGUUUUUGUUUAUCUUGUUUAAACCAGUGAGUGCAUAAAGAACUCAUUAUCUAAACUAUGAAAAAUACAAUGGCUUGUUUUAUAAAAAGUGCGCUUCUGGGGAAAAGUUGAGGUUUGGCUCACAGUAAACAUCACAUGACCAUAUUAUUAAUUGGUAUUCAGGUCCCCCAGUAAUGAUCAGUAAGCCAGAUUCUUUCAUCCCCCCUCUCUUUUGAAUAGUGAAUCCAUUAUUUUAUAAAUACUACUUUAAGACAAGGUUGUUGUUUUCUUUUGUGCUUUAAGAGAAGAAAAUGUUGCACAUAAUUGUUUUUAUUUGUACCUAUGCAGUUUAAGCCUUUAGGAAGGUUAGUAUUUGUGCUGUAUAGUAGAUUUUCUGUAUGCAUGUUUGAUUUUGUUAAAUAAUUCCUUUCCCUUGAUCUUGACACUUCGAGGUUUGUUGCUUAUCAAGGCCGGUAUUAUUUGUGUUUUUUGACCGCAAUAUUUCUGGUUAAAAGCUUGUGGAAUAAGGAUACUUUGCUAGCAUUAAUUUUAUAAUUUGGAAUAAAUUGGCCCUUGCAUCAUCCACAGGAAAGUUGUUCUGCAGAGAAGUAAUUUAACUAAUUUAUAGGUACUCAUUUCAUUAAGGUUUAUCUGAGGAGCUUUACUUGAAUUAUACCUCUUAAGUUGGGAACUUUAUUCAUAUUCCAUACAUAAGACAGAGUGUAGAAAAGGAACCUCUGGAUCUAACUGAUAACAGUAAUAAUGUUAGUACCAUGUUGUCUGUAUUUUUAAGCAGGCAAUACUUCUGUGAAGUUGCUACUUGUUAUGCAGAGAAAAGUGUUUCCAAGGCCCCUUAAAUUGAAAAGCAGAUCCAUAUGCACAUUAUCUCUCCCUCGUUAUGUCACUUGCAUUUCCAUAAGGCUUGCAUCAUAUGUAUUUGCUAGGGGAACAUUUACAUUAAUAUUCAUUGAGUUCUGUAAUAUUGGUAAGUAGAAAUAAAAUAUCCAAAAUAAUGCAAACCAGAAUAUUUUUCAGAUUUCCUUUUUGCAUGUGAAAACUUGCGAACACAAUGCAUUUCAGACACUUAGUUUUUCCAUGGGUUGUGUUUAUUUCCAUCCAUACAGAGUGAGAGACUUUCAACGUACAUGUUGCUCCUUUUCCACUGGACUAAGACCUUUAUUCAUUUGAAAUUCAGCCUGUUAGAAAUAUCCUUAUAAGCAACAAACCUUGAAUCGGGGCAGAUGUAGACAUUCCUGUUCUGUAUUCAGUGAAGUUUUAAUUAAAUUAAUUGCCCUUUUUAUAGGUGGCAUACAGAUAAAUUGAAAUUACUAGAAAUCUGAAUUGCUAAUUUUGUAGGCAUUGGGAGAAAUGUCACAAGUAAUUGAAACUUGUUCAUUGAUAGUUCAGACUUUCUUAAACAUUUUGAAAUACAUAAGUAAUGGGAAACCUUCAGGGAGUUAAAUAAAUUGGCAAAGGACCACACAACCUCUUCCAAAUCAUUUUUAGUUUGUAGAUAUAUCUUUUGUAAGAACAAAACAAGCAAACAUGGAAUCUUGCACUGUCAGAAGGCAUAGCCUGUUGGGAAGUUUCAGCAUAGGUUCCAUUGCUGUGUUCUUGCACUGCUGUGAUUCAUUUCUUGGGACUAACGCAGAAAGACUCCCUUAUUGACUGUGCCUCUGUAUCAAGGUAGUUUUAUGUCCUGUGAAAUUAUUAAAGCAAACUAUAUUUAUGACACACUCCCCUUCCCUGUCAACAGUUGAACUUGCAUUAGUAGCUUGAAUAUUAUUUAGUCUUCCCCUAUGUUCUUCCUUUCUGUUGGAAUGUUUUGUGGUUUCAUUUUAACAUACCUUGACUGAAUAGAAGAACUUUAGACUUCUGUGUAAAACGGGGUGGGAGAUUUGUAAUAGGAGGCCAAAGAUCUGAGGGAGAAAGAUCCCUUUAGGACAGAAAUUGUGUAACAUUAGUUAUUUGUGUGGGAAUAGCUUGUGUUCAAGACUUACCUUCGCUGUGACAAUCAUUAUCAUCUGAGAAUCAAGUUGCAACUAUAUUUAUGUUGAACCAUUAAACAUUGCUGAAAUGUCUUCCUAACCAAUUAGUUGGAAUAAUGUUACACACAACUUCAUUGUUGGAUGUAAAAUAUCAUCAUUUUGGCGGUUUGGAUGGUGGCUAGAAACUUCAGCACUGUGUAGACAAGUCUUUUGUUCUCUUGCUACUUUAUAGAAAGUUUCCAUUUUAGAAGGAUGGUAUUUGUGGCCUUGCUACUUUUUAAAAUAACGUUUUAAAACUGACUUGGUUGAAAAGAGAAAGGCAAAUUAGUGGCAGUGGAUCUAAUGGUGUUAGAUGGCUGAUAUUAAAUGAAAAAUACUGUUACAUUGCUCAAAAUAGUUACUGGCAUAUGACUAGGACUAAUGAUUUCACAUUUGGGAUGACUGAAGAAGACAGUGUCUCUAUUGGGACCUGUUCAUGAGCACGAGAGCAUACAACUCUUAAGUAUUAAAAGAGCAGAUCUUCCAAUGAUGUGAUCAGUGUGUCCUGAGAUAUAUUGAAUGUUGUGAUUGAUUUGAAAUUCCAUUAUAUUAUCACCAUGUUCACUGUUUAGAACAGGGGGAAUUGAAGAUUACAGUUGCAUAGUUUUAAGCUAUAGCAACAAAAAUAGAUUAUUUCUGAUGUCUUAAUCUUAGACGUUUGUAAUGAAUAAGCAAAAUUAGGGUCAAAAUGUAGACAACUUAAUGUGUUUCUGUCUAAAAUAGGUAUUUUAUAAAUUGACCGCUUGGGUCAAAGGAAUUUGGGAUACAUCUUUCCAGCAUCUUCCUUACUCAAGGGCUUCUCUCAGCAGCAGGGCUUGUUGUAACAUCUCAGGCUUUACACAUACUGCAUUAUCUCAUAUUAUUGGCGCCAUGAUGGACACUAUGGCUUUGCAGAAUGUCUGUUUUUGAUAACAAUUUUUUUAAAAAAAUCAGUACUACACGUAAUUAAGAAUUGGAUAACUAGGAACUUAGUAUUGCUGCUAUAUGGAGAUUGAUUGACCUAAGGGCUGGAACUUUAAAUUUGUUUUACAGUACAAACUGACAGGUCAGUUUAUUGAUAACAUUGUUGAUUUCAAAAUGUUAAGUUCUGUUGAUUGGUUGCAAAUACACAUUCAGUUAGAUUUUUUGGAAACAGAUUGUGUAGUGAAUAUGCUGAGAUACAAAAUACAUUAAUUACUUCCAGGUAGUGUACAGAAUUGUUUCACACGUGUAUAUACAUCUUUUCCUCUCCUAGAAAGAAAAUCACACUAGGUAAAGAACUUUUUGUAAGCUGGCACUGAAACAUUUUAUGUUUGGUUGCACCGUGUUUGAAGCUUUUUACAGUGCAAUACGUGUAUUAUUCUCUCAAUUUAAACCAAAGGUAAUUUUUUUUCAUGCUUUCUAUCUACUGUAGUGCAUGAAGAGCUUUUUGUACGUUUGUGAUAGUUGUAAAAUCAGAACAAAUCACAUGUCUUGGGAUUUUUUUUUAUUUACCUGAACUAUAUACAAGCCUUUGUUGAAAAUGUAAGGUGUUAAACUAAAUUGCAUAUUAACCCUUGAGUGUAUUUCCUUAAGCAUAGUUAUAAGUCAAUAAACUUUAUUAAGGAA